GCUACUUUAUCCCCACUAAGAACUACCAUCAACAUGCCUGAGAACGACUGGAAGGUAUCCUUGCAUACGGGUGGUAGACCUUUACCCCAUGCUGCGGUGUUUUCGCCGGACAGCCACCACUAUCUCGUGCUUUUCUCGCACCAGCUUCGCGUCUACUACAUCUCCACCCGCCAGUGCAUACGCUCACUCGCCAUUGACUGCGCCGAUGUGGUUGACUUUAGAAUUAGCCCUGCAAACACGGGUCACUGUUUGCUUUUCCAUGCCUCUGGUACCAUUUCCAUCGUCAAUUGGAAAGACAAGAAUGCUCCACAGGCCAUUAUCGCCACGACCACCACCGAUUUACCUGUUUUAAGCGUUGUUUCUCUCACCGCUGAAGCUGUGGUUUUAAUCACCGGAAAGAACGGCAAGCACACGCCUCACACUCGCACCUUGGUUCUCUUAGACUUGGAAACCCAACAGCAUGCCGAGCUUGUAGCUAUCAAAAACGUCUUGCGCUUUGCGGUCUCGGCUGACGCCUCCAGAAUCGCCUUUGUCACUAGUACAAAUGAAGUCAUUACUGUGGAUUCUACCGGAAUGAUCCUUGAAACUUCAGCGUUUGCGUUCCGCUCGCCGGUUUCCGCUCUUGCAGUGUCGAACGCCGGCCUUGUGGCGCUCGGGACGGCCAGCGGUGCGAUCCAGGUGCUCCACACGACCCAGCGCUUGUUGAAGUGGCAUAUUGACCGCGUCGCGGCGUUGCGCUUCUCUGCUGACGGCAACUACUUGCUAUCCGGUGGUGCGGAGCGUGUGCUUGUAUUCUGGCAGUUGGAGACCGACAAGACGCAAUUCCUCCCACGGUUGAACGGGAGCAUCGAGGACAUCCAGGUUACCAACGAGUACUACUCGCUUAUGUUGAAUGUGGGUGAAUCGCACCCCGAGCUCGAAUACCUCGUACUCUCGGUCGUGGAUCUUGCGUCGCGGUUAUCCGUUUCCGGGAUCAGGCCAAAUUUUGCCAGUCCCCCGGCAUCUUUGGAAAAACUCAAGAAACGAUUGGGCAAGCAGUCCGCGCCGUUGCUCGACGUUUCCAAGAUCAAAUACGAUUUCACCGCUGCCUUUGAGAUCCAUCCAGUUUCCAAAUUAGCGUACUUCCCAUCUGGUCCCCAGAUCCAGGUCUAUGACAUGUUGAAGAGCGAACAAAGCUUUGUCCAGACGGCUGCAAACACCUCCCAGGCCGGUAAAGUCAGAUCUGAGAACAAGUUGCUUGAUCCUCAGGUGGAGCUCCUCGCGUUCACCCAGUGUGGCACCUGGAUGUGCACAUUCGACCGCCUCCCAACACCCGAAAUUGACAGCCUUAUGUCCCGUGACGAUGUACAGUAUUCCCUCAAGUUCUGGAAGUAUGUUGAUGUCAAGCAUGGCCACUGGGAGCUCUGCACCAAGGUAGUGGCACCACACGGUGCUGCCCCCGUUGCGGCGUUAAUUCCCGCUCCCGCACUGUACCACGGCGGGGUGGCCUUCCUCACUGCUGACAACAAAGGUGGGGUCAGGUUGUGGAGACCACGCGUUCCUAAGGAGAUUUAUCAAAAGGCGGCCGUUGUUACUGCUGGUGAAAAGCUCCAGCAAACCGCGUGGACAUUGCGCAAGACGAAGCCGAGCGGUGUUCUUGUCUCUACUGCUGUUGCCUUGGCCUGGUCCGAAGACGCUUCUUUGAUUGUGUUAGCGCACGAGGCAGCGAUGCUUCCAAUCGACGUCACAACGUUCCGGGACCUCCCGCAGUUGCCGUCCCUCACGGGUUCACGCAUCCGCGGCUUGGAGAUCGUGGACCACCACUUGGUUGCCUUGUCCAAAACAAGACUCGUUGCCUAUGACUUGCUCUCUGCGCAGCAAUCUCCGUUAGUGUGCAAGAUCUCUACCCCAACUGGCGGCCGCAACUUGCUUGCAGUGGACGCCAAGCACCGUUUGGUGGCGGUGGCAGUGAACUACCACACCAAGAGCUUUGACGUGAAGUCGAAGGUCUACGUUUUCAGGCCGGACUCUUUACAGCCGGUCCAUGUUGCUGAGCACGACCAGGCAAUUGCGUCGAUUAGAUAUGUGGCGCGGUCGAACGCAUUUGUUUUCGUGGAUGUCGAUGCACGCAUGGGUUCUCUUAGCUCCGCGUCGGCGACGUUGUUUUCCGCGCUGGAGAUGGCCUCCGCGUCCGCCGCGCAAGACUUUGCCACGGAGAUUUCCGUUUUGCUCCAGUCUGCGCAAGCUACUGCCAACAUCGUUAACGGUGUCGCGCGCAUGGAUAUCGAUGAGGACAUGGCCGUCACGCGCGUCAUCAACGCCAACAGUUUUGAUGCCGCUUUUGAGAACCUCGACGGGGUGUCUAUGGAAAACUUGUUUGACAGGAUCAUUAAGGCGAUCAAUUAAAGGAAGGAGAGAGCAUGGGCCUGUAUCAUAUAUCAUAUCAUACCCAGAUCUGGGUGCAACAUUGUACAUUAAUAGAAACCGAAAUAAAG